AUGGCUCAUGGAAAAUGGAAACUGUUCUCUAGAAAGCGACACUCGAUUAAGGACGAUAAAGAUAGUCCGCCGUCUGGACGAAGGGAUCAAUCUUUGGAUGGAUCUUCAAUCAGCCAUGCACCCGCCUCAGCUACCAAACCAGAUCUGUGGCAACGCGCUUUUGAUGAUCUCGAACCAGAAAAACAACAACUUCUCCAGUCAAUAUUGAUACCAAAAUCCAACAAAGAUAUCGACUCCAGUGAUGUCAACACCGAUCCCGGCGUUGUGGACCGUUUAAAGGCGCUGAAUGGUGUGGUUGAAUCCGUGAAGACCCAAUAUGAGAUCGAUCAAGGAAAGUCGAAGAUUAAAGAACCAACCCAGAAAAUCAUCAAGGCUGUUCUUGGCUUUCAGGACCUUAUUCAGGCAGCUGUGGCAUUCGAUCCGACAGGACAUGCAACCAGCGUCUGGGCAAUUAUGUCUUUGGGGUUGACGAUGACCCAGAACUAUCACAGCCAGAAAGUAGCCUGGCUGGAAUCUUGCGCAUUUCUCGCAGAUAUCCUGAUCCGAUAUGGAUAUGUGGAGGGGGAAUAUCAGAAGGACCCGAAUACUGAUCAGCAUGUUGAGACGGCUCUCGUUCGGGUAUACGUCGCAGUGUUAACUUUCGCUGCCCAAGUCCAGUCACUUUAUGACCGUAGCCGUGCCGUCUUGAUCUGGAAGAGCAUUUCCGGAGAUAGUCUUUCCGAUCUUCAAAAUUCCAUCGAUAAGGCAGAGUCACAUCUGGGCCAAUGGCUUGAGAUAGUUGACCGGCGUGAACAGAGAGACAGGGGAGCACAGCUUCUGGAAAAGGCGGAUAGAAUGCUGACUAAUAUUGACCAAGUGAUGGACUCACUUCAUGAACUCAAUGGCAAGAUGGUCCUUGCGGAGCUCAAGAUUGCAGAGGAGGCUCACUACAACGCAAAUACCGGGGAGGAGUAUCAAGAAUGUCUGCAAGAGACUCGGAAAGAACUCCUUCGGGACAUCAGGAGCUGGGCUAACCAUCCACAUAGAAAACCUGUGUUUUGGCUGCAGGGUAUGGCAGGAACGGGAAAAUCCACUGUGUCACGGACGGUGGCUCGGUGGUUAGACAAUGAAGGCUUGCUAGGUGGCAGUUUCUUCUUCAAGAAGGGUGGAACAGACCGAGAAGAUGCCAAACGUCUCUUCACCACCCUCACCAAACAAAUCCUGGAAAGACUACCUCAGCUUCAGGAACCAGUAAAGAGGGCAAUCAAGGAAACGCGUGGUAUUGGAAGCAACAAUCCCCAAGAACAGUUCAACGAAUUAAUUUUCAAGCCACUCAAGAACCUCGACCUUGGAUUGCAGUCGCCGCUGAUCCUGGUCGUUGUCAUAGAUGCUCUAGAUGAGUGUCAAGUGCCAGCUGAUGUCGCGGCUUUUUUUUCAACGUUACCGAAACUGAGCGACUUGACAAAUGUCCGACUGCGAUUCUUUAUCACCAGUCGGCCCGAACCAACAGUCAUUAAAGGGUUUCGACCGAUUGGCAAUGAUGAGAUUGUCCUUCAUCAGAUAAAGAGGACGAUUAUCGAGCAUGAUAUAGCAAUUUUUCUCCGGGAAAGACUAGGGAGGAUCAGAGAUGAUCACGAUCUACUGAAAGACUGGCCUGGAGAAGCGAAUUUUACGGCUUUAGUCAACAUGGCUGUUCCGUUAUUUAUUUAUGCCGCGACUAUAUAUCGAUUCCUCAACUGUGAAGAUGAACUGCCGAACGACCGAUUGCAAGCAAUAUUGUCCUCGCACUCGACUGACGGGAUAAACGUCAUCGACAACGAGUACUCAAAGUUGACCGGUGUCUAUCUCCCAGUUCUGAAGCACAUCAUAUCGCAGAAACGGUCAAUAGAACUAAGAUCCUGGAUGGAUGACUUUCGCCGAAUCGUGGGUGCCAUCGCUCUUCUCUUCAGCCCACUCUCAUCCGCCUCUCUGGCCGGACUCAUUUGUUUAGACCAAAUAAAAGUUCAAGGAAGACUUAAUACUCUCCAGUCUGUGGUGUCAGUACCAAAAGACAAUGAUGCCUAUGUUCAGAUUCUUCAUCUCUCAUUUCGGGAAUUUCUGGUCGACCAUUCAGCAUCCGCUGAGUUCUGGAUUGACGAACGGGCAGGUCAUGCACAGCUUGCAGAAGACUGUCUUGACUGUAUGAGUCGAGGACUGAGGAGAGAUAUAUGCUGUCUGUCAAACCCGGGGGUAAGGAGACAUGAGAUCGAAAAGACCGUCUUUGAGAUUUAUGUUCCACCCGAUCUUCGAUACGCAUGUCGAUACUGGAUACGUCAUCUAGAGAACGGCGACGAGUCUGUCAUAAACUGGAGAAAAGUAGAAGACUUCUUGAGAUUGCAUUUUUUGCAUUGGUUAGAAGUGAUGAGCCUUCUUGGAUGGGUUUCGGAAACGAUUGGAAAUAUAAAAGCUAUACAGUCAUUGACAAAGACAAAGUCACCUCAGCUAGCUGGCUUUCUUGAAGAUGCAAGGCGAUUUAUUCUCAAAAAUCGCCAAAUAGCCGAUGAGGCGCCCCUUCAGGUCUAUUGCGCAGGACUUAUAUUUGCCCCCCAAAAGUCAAUAAUUCGGAGAGAGUUUAAUGAAGAUUUUCCCAUUUGGUUUUCUCAGUUACCAAGAAUUGAGGAAAGUUGGAGUGCAGAAUUACAGGCUCUUGAGGGCCACUCGAUCUCAAUUCAAUCGGUCGCCUUCUCACCCGAUGGCCGGCUGCUGGCGUCGGGCUCUAUGGAUAACACUGUGCGGCUCUGGGACCCAGUGACAGGUGACCUACAGCAGACUCUUGAGGGCCCCUUAGGCUGGAUUCAAUCAGUCGCCUUCUCGCCCGAUGGCCAACUGCUAGCAUCUGGCUCUGGGGAUAAGACUAUACAGCUCUGGGACCCAGUGACAGACGACCUACAGCAGACUCUUAAGGGCCACCUAGGCUUAGUUCAAUCAGUCGCCUUCUCACCUAAUAACCGACUACUAGCGUCUGGCUCUAAUGAUAGGACUGUGCGGCUCUGGGACCCAGUGACAGGUAACCUACAGCAGGCCCUUAAGGGCCACUCCAAGUUAGUUCAAUCGGUAACCUUCUCACCCGAUGGCCAGCUACUAGCGUCUGGAUCUAAUGAUAAGACUAUACGGCUCUGGGACCCAGUGACAGGUGACCUACAGCAGACUCUUAGGGGCCACUCAGACUCAGUUCAAUCGGUCGCCUUCUCACCCGAUGGCCGGCUGCUGGCGUCGGGCUCUAAUGAUAAGACUAUACGGCUCUGGAACCCAGUGACAGGUGACCUACAGCAGACCCUUGAGGGCCACUUAGGCUGGAUUCAAUCAGUCGCCUUCUCACCCGAUUCCCAACUGCUAGCAUCUGGCUCUGGUGAUAAGACUAUACAGCUCUGGAACCCAGUGACAGGUGACCUACAGCAGACUCCUAAGGACCGCUUAGGCUCAGUUCAAUCAGUCACCUUCUCGCCCAAUGGCCGGCUACUGGCGUCUGGCGCUUGGGAUAAGACCAUACGGCUCUGGGACCCAGUGACAGGCAACCUACAGCAGACUCUUAUAGGCCACUCAAACUGGGUUCAAUCAGUUGCCUUCUCGCCCGAUGGCCGGCUGCUAGCAUCUUGCUCUGGGGAUAAGACUGUGCGGCUCUGGGACCCAGUGACAGGUGACCUACAGCAGACUCUUCACACGCAUGACGCUGUUCACGAUCUCAAGUUCUCGCAAGAUAGUUCAUGUGUAAUCACCAAUUUAGGCAUCCUGAACCUUCAGCCUGGGCACGAAAAUGACGUUUCUCAUUCACCCAAUACGCGUCCGCCAAUCUUCAUUGACAAACAACAAUGGAUCAAUCUGCACUGCAACAAUGUACUAUGGCUUCCCCCUGACUUCCGGCCUACCUGCUCCGCGAUCAAUAGGGACUUAGUUGCUUUGGGACACGCAUCAGGGCGAGUUACCUUUCUACGAUUUUGUCUAUAG